AUGAUUCCAGGUCCAACUAUCUGUGCUCUUAGCGGAUACUGGAUAUUGUAUAAAAGUUGGUCUGAGCAGAGAAAUCACUAUGUGGAUCAUUUACACAGGAUAUAUGGUCCCAUCGUUAGAGUCGGUCCUAAUGAGGUUGAUAUCUGUGAUUCUUCCUAUUUGAAAGAUGUCUACGUUCAUGAUAUGGACAAAUCUAACUUUUAUGCUCAAUUUGUUAAUUACGGUUCUCAUAAUACUUUUUCUACCGUUGAUAAAGAAACUCAUAAAGAGAGCAGAAAGGUGUCUGCCAAAUUCUACUCCAAGACCCAUGUUUGCUCGGAUGAGGUCCAACAAAACAUCCGGGGAGUGAUUUCCAAGGUGUUGAAGGUACUGGACCAAUCAAAAAAUAGUCCCAUUAACGUCUUUCUUCUCUGGUCGGACAUGGCUAUGGAUGCAGUUACAAUAUUCUCCUUCGGUACUAAGUACUACCAACCCCUCUUAGACGAUCCCUGGGGAUUAGGUAAGACUGUUGUGAUGGACUUUUUUGUUCAAUCUUCUUCAUGGUUUUGGACCACUCAGAUGCCUCAGGUGUACAAUUGGGUGGUUCCUCAGGGUGUCAACGUAGCUACUCAGAAAUGUUGUGACUUCAUCGAGAAACAGUUCGAGAGAGCAUUAAGUGGUAUCGGAGAAUCGGAGGAAACUUUAGUGAACACCUUGCUUGGCGAAAAAGCUAGCAAUGCUAAAAAGCCUGUUUUUGAUGAUCUUAGAACCAAAAGUGAGUGUUUCGAUCAUAUUGCUGCUGGUCACAAUACCACUGCCACAACUUUGAGUUACGUGUAUUUCGAAUUGUCAAGACAUCCAGAACUUCAACAGAGAUUGGUGGACGAAUUGAAAACAUUCAACGGUAAUAAGAUACUCUCCGUUGAUGAUCACGAGUCUCAGAUCUACUCUAAAGUGGAAGAACUUCCCUUAAUGAAUGCGGUUAUUGACGAAACGUUUCGUGUCUAUGCUGCAAUUCCAGGCCAGGAACCUAGAUUAGCUCCUAAGGGUGGUAUGCAAUGGAGAGGUUCUAAGGAGACUCCAAGAUGCACUGUUCCUCAAGGAACUGUCAUUACCAUGCAGCCAUGGUCUCUUCACAGAGAUCCUAGCGUGUUUACAGAUCCAAACAAUUGGAAUCCUGAUAGAUGGAUGAUCGAAGAUCAAGAAAAGUUGAAGGCCAUGCGGAAAAACUUGAUACCUUUCAGUGCUGGUGCUAGAAUGUGUGUUGGUAUGAAUCUUGCGAUUUGCGAGAUCAAGUUGAACAUAUCCAGUAUAAUGAGCAGAUACAAGGUGAAACUAGAGGAGGGCUUUGAUUACGAUUCAUAUUCUUACUUUGCUGAUGCUUACACCAGUAUGCCAGCCAAAGCACAGAUGCCACUUGUAUUUGAGCCACUAGGCAAUUAG